AUGGCCUUUGCGCAGCAGCCAACUCCGGGCGCUGAGGAGGAUGGCAACAUUAUGAAACAGGCGCACGCCCAUGAUGAGCUCUGUCGCCAUGAUCACGACCACGACGGAAUGCUGAGGAACGAGUAUCGUGGCAGUCGAGAGGGAGAGGAGGAGCAGAAUAUCUUCCCGCACGCUGGAGCCAAACACGCCGACAUGACAGUCGCCCCAUUCCUCGCCGAGCACAUCCCCGUGCAGUACAAUCCUGUCGGCGGCGACCCUGCAGCCCAAGAAGACAGCAACAUCGAUACGCCAAAGUCCAACACCAAGUUCUGCUACCGCCACCGUCCCGAUCUCAAGUGCCGACGCCAGGCCAACGAGCCCUCCAUGGAGCAACUACAGAACCAGCUGUCAAGCCUCUCGCAAUCCGACCAGCAAGCCAUCUCCCACGUCUGGUCGCUAUUCUCCGCCGCUCCCGCCAAGCACCGAAACCUCAUGCUCCAAGGCAUCCUCACCCAGUGCUGCUUCCCUCAGCUCUCCUUCAUCUCGGCCAACAUUCGAGACCUUAUCAAGAUCGACUUCCUCUCCGCCCUUCCCUCCGAGCUGGGCUUCAAGAUCCUGUGCUACCUCGAUACCACCUCUCUCUGCAAAGCUGCCCAAGUGAGCCAACGAUGGAGGAGUCUCGCAGACGACGAUGUCGUGUGGCAUAAGAUGUGUGAGCAACACAUUGAUAGGAAAUGUACCAAGUGUGGCUGGGGCCUGCCAUUACUGGAACGAAAGAGAUUGAGGACGGAGAAGAGACAGAUUCAAUUACGGGCAACGGGAAGAGGUCUGAACGAAUGGUCUCCGGACAUCACACCUGUUCCAGAAGCGGUGCCACCUCCAAGUGAGAACCCACAACCAGAGUCCAGCCAGGGGACUAGCCUCAAGCGACCUCACGAAGGAUCAGAAUCUCCCCUCGCACUCAAGAGGCAUUGCUCUUCGUCUUCGCAAGAGUCCAACACGGGAGCUGAUCAGAACGACUCUUACUUUGCACCUCGAAAGCGACCAUGGAAGGAUGUCUAUAAAGAUCGCUUCAAAGUUGGAACGGCUUGGAAAUACGGUCGCUGCUCUACCAAGGUCUUCAAAGGCCAUACCAACGGCGUCAUGUGCCUGCAGUUCGAUGAUAACGUCUUGAUCACAGGUUCAUAUGACAGCACAGUGAAGGUGUGGGAUAUCAACUCAGGCGAAUGCCUCCGUACAUUGACGGGUCACACAAGCGGGAUUAGGUGUCUCCAGUUCGAUGAAAAGAAGUUGAUGACGGGCAGCCUGGAUAAUACCUUGAAACUUUGGGAUUGGACGACUGGUCAAUGUCUCAGGACUUUCCCGGCACACGACGAUGGGAUCAUCUGCCUCAACUUUACUGCUCGCUACGUUGCAUCUGGCUCGAAGGAUAGAACCAUUCGAGUUUGGGAUGCCAGGGACAAGCAGACGUUUCAGCUGCGAGGCCACCAGGACUGGGUGAAUUCCAUCAAGAUUGACGAAGCAUCACGAACGUUGUUUUCCGCUUCAGACGACUUGACAGUCCGACUUUGGGAUCUUGACACUCAUGAGUGCAUCAGGGUAUUUGAGGGUCACGUGGGUCAAGUUCAGCAAGUUGUACUUCUGCCACAAGAGUUCGAGCUGGAUGAGCAGACGGUCACACCAAACGACAAAGACGAUGACGAUAGUAGCGUCAGCUCGGUUACGAUAGCACCCUCUCACCGUGAUGCUUCCCACUGCACUCCUCAUCGCACCGACCCGUUCUGGCCAAAUGAUUGCGAGAGGUCGGCACCGCCACGGUACAUGCUGACUGGUGCACUCGAUUCAACUAUCCGGCUUUGGGACACUCACUUCAGACCGCACAGUCGUAGCCCAACACCUCCGCCAAUGGAAGGCUUCGAAAUCCUACCAACAGACCCUCUGACCAACUCCCACACUCCACGUGCUCAGGCUUGCGUCCGCACAUUCUUCGGACAUGUUGAAGGCAUCUGGGCGUUGGCCGCUGACCACCUGCGUCUCAUCUCGGGAAGCGAAGAUCGAAUGCUGAAAGUAUGGGAUCCACGAACUGGCAAGUGCGAGCGUACCUUCACCGGUCACCAAGGGCCAGUCACAUGUGCAUGGUUGAGCGAUAGUCGUGUGGCGAGCGGAAGCGAGGACUGUGAAGUGCGGAUGUUGUGCUUUGGGGACAUGGACGACCAUUGA